GUAUUUUCAAAUAAAUUAGCGGCUAGUUUACAAAAUAACCAAGGAUCUUGGCUAAUUUACUUGAAAUUAUUAGGGAAACUAAAAUAGCUGGAUAGUUUGUAUACUAUCCAAUUCAGUUUGGCUAAUAUGAAAACCCCCUCCCCCUUUGGACGGACCACAAGAUGAUAACUCAUCGCCAAAUUGCGCUGGAAAUGUCGUGCGAGUAUGUAUUUGUAUAUGUAUUUUAGGAGUAAUCUACAUUUUCGCUUGUACAGACCUAUACAGAUAGGGAGAAUUGUAAAGGUUGGAUAUAAAGUUUGUGGAAAUCUUUAUUAUGAAGAAGUGGAGUUAAAACUUUUACAUUAAUGAAAACGUGACAAUAAGAAUAUUUAACGAAGAUGACGUAUUUAACGAUUCUGCGAGGAUUAUACCUACAUUUCACUCGUGUCCCCGCGGAAGGAUAAUUUUGUUUUAGGAGCAAUAUUUCAAUAAAGGAAAAUGGGGGAAACAGGCAGCGAUCACCAGUUAUGGGUGAAUCUCAGUGCUCUCGGAGACGGAAAUGUAUUCGGGCUGCUUCCCGACCUAAUGAAAAGAAUGUUAUCCGAUUGCGAUACCAGUGACGUGGAUGACGAAUAUUGCGAUGUCAUUUUGCCGAGUGAUGACGAGUGGAGAACCAAAGUUUAUUACAAACUUGUCGAAAGACAAAGGCUCAUGGACGACUCAGAAAAGAACAUGCUGGACCAUUUACUGGAAGAAAAAAAUGUCAAAUUACACGAGUGGAAUAUAAGACCUAAAACAAAAGUUCCUUGUGAACCUCCCGUUUUACUAAAAAAGAAAAAGAAACAUGUUACUACAAAAUCAAUUCCUUGGACUGUUAGUGAUAUAGCAAAAGCUGGAUGUUUACUACAAACCCCUCCAAUUAAUACACAAUUUGAUGAUGAACAAGAAAUGCGAAGGUUAGUCGAAAAAUCAGCCCUUGUGUGGCUUCUCCUCUACGAUCUUUACCACAGAAGUUUUAACAAACGAGAGACCAAAGUUCAGGCAAUAGCAGCAAAAUUAUUUGAUUCCUCGGGUUUAUCUUUCGUGGAAAAUGCCUUGUGGACUCAAAGGAUUAAACUAGCUGCUGCCGUGUCAAGAUUAAGAAUAAAAAAUAACGCUUUAUCUUUGAGUGAACUGCUUCCUCCACAUUUGCAGGAUGAAAGAGUGUCAGCGAACGAAGGUUCGAAACCCGUUACGUGUUGGGUUAACACUAUAAAAGAUAGAUCGUUUUGUUUGGGACCUGCAACUUUUGAUAAGCUUGUCAAUGAUUUGGAAUUAACUGGAAGUGUGAUACAAACGCAUGUGAAUUCGCCUAGAAGUACUGCGUAUUUGGCUGUACUUUUGUCACAUAACGAAAAAAUUAAGAAGUUGUUGGCCUUUAGCGCUGGUCAGAGAAAAGAUGAAUACCAAAGCUACUUUAACGACUUGGGCAUGAAUAACAUUCUUAUAUUCUCUGAACGUCUUAUCGACACUCAUCCAGACGCUUCCUAUAUGGAAGAAGUGGUAGCAGUUUUUGCUACACCCCCAAACAGUUAUUCGGCUGUAUCGGACCCAAUCGACCUAGUAUGCAGCAGAGGCGGCGAUUUAUCCAUGUUGCAAGUCCUAACAGAAUCAGAGGACACAAAGGAAGGAAGGGAAAGAGUUGCAAGUGUGUUGGAUGAACAAAGAAAAACUUUGAGAUUUGCGAUGUCAAGGCCCCAGAUACAAUUUGUUUUGUACGAGACACAUUCAGAGCUACAUGCAGAAAAUAAAGGCAUGGUAGUAAGGGCUUUAAAUGACAUAAAUAAAAUUGCAAAAAUCCACCAUGCUGCUCUUCAAGGAAAGCUUACGAUACCCAUAGCUACUACUACUACUACAGAAACUGUAAAUGAAAUUAAUAAUAAUACUGAUAAAGCCCAAGCAGGAGAUAAUUUACAAGUUGCCAAUAAGUCAUCAAUUCUCUUAAAAACUGAAUUAAGCGACGAAACCAUAUUGGAUAAAAUAAAAGUGCCUGACACUGAUAUAUUUGAUGUUCCUAAUUUACCAAUGCUGUGUCCAAGCGAACAAGAAUGUGCCAAUUUACCUACAGGAGGAUGUUUUUUGCAAUUACUUCAACGAAAACAAAUUAUAAAACUAGACGAUAAAUAUAUGAUUCAAAUGGCAGAGCAUAGAGGAUUAUUUGGUACCCCUUCAACAGGAAAAAGCAAAAGCAGUAAAUCCAAGAAAAAAGUUGAAGAAGAGGUCAAGAAACCUCCCAAAACAAAAAAGAAAUUAAAAGAUAAUGAGUUGGAAAGGAUCGCAGCUCCAACUCACACAUUCCUAAAUCACAUAUGUAGGCCUUCCCAAAUAAAAUGUUGCAAUAGAUGCGAGGAAAUCCAAAGUAAUCAGGGAAAAGAAACCCAAUUUCACAAGUGGUGGGGGGAAAGUACUCGACAUAUCAUACAAGCCAAACAAACUCUAACUAAAAGGAAAAUUAUUCCACCGCAUCUACCUAAAAUCGACGAAUAUUUAGCGAAAGCAAAAACAAUACAACAAAUUCCGCUAGUUCCUAGAUUAAGGCUCACAAGGGUUAUUCCAGACGACAAAGUGAAUUUACCGCUCACUGUCACCAAUGUUGAGUUUAAUAACAUUAAUUUUACAAUACUUAAGAGAUGAUUAUAUAAAAUAUUUAUCAUUUCUUGUCAUCAGUAUUUAGAUAUUUUAAUAAAAUGGCG